AUGAGGAAAGUGAAGUGGGGGGGGGGUAAAGGUGGGAGGAGAGAGAAUAUACACCUUGGCUUAUGCAGAUGAUGUAGUGCUAUUAGCGGAGGAAGAAGGGGAGAUGAGGAGCAUGAUGGAGAGACUGGAGAGGUAUUUAGAUAGGAAGGGACUUACGUUAAAUAGCGGGAAGACGAAGAUAAUGAGAUUUAGAGCAGAGGGAGGGAGAAGAAAAGAAAUAGAUUGGAGAUGGAAGGGGGAAAGGAUAGAGGAGGUAAAAGAAUUCGGAUACUUAGGAUACAAAUUACAAAGGAACGGGGGGCAAGAAGCACAGGUAAGAGAGAGGGUAAGGAGGGCAGCGACGGCGAUGAGACAAGUAUGGGGGAUAGGGAAGAGAAAAUUCGGAAAAGACUGGAGAAGGAGAUUAUGGUUAUUCGAUAGGCUAGUAUACCCGGUGCUAGAAUAUGGAGCAGAAAUAUGGGGGUGGAAGGAGAGAGAGAAAGUAGAAGCAUUACAUGAGAAAUACCUGAGAUGGACGUUAGGAGUGGAGGGAAGAACACCAGGAUAUAUAGUGAGGGAGGAGCUACAAAGAGAGAAGUUAAGGGGGAGAUUGGGUAAAAGAGCAAGGGGAUUCGAGGAAAGAUUAAAAGAAGGAAAAGGAAGCGAUUUAGCGAGAAAAUGUUGGGAGGAAAGGAAGGAGAGGGAGAGGAAGGGAAAGGGGGAGUCGAAAUGGGAAAAAGAAAGGAGGGAAUUCUUAAAGAAGAGAGGGAUAGAGGAGGAGUCAGAAGAAGGAAGUGAAGAGGGGAGGGAUUGGAGAAGGGAAAUAGAAGAAUGGGAAGGGGAGGAGCAGAGGAAGGAAAG